CUCCUCUUUCCCCUCCACAGUGGGUGGAGGAGACCGAAACCGUGCUGGGCGCUCUCCCCUUUCCUCUGCCUCCGGACACCUCCACCAGCCCCUUCGCGCUGUGAGGUCUCUCACCUCGGACACAAGACUGUUCCUGCCCGGAUAUGGCUCGUGGACAGCAGACGAUUCAGUCUCAGCAGAAAAAUGACAAAAAGCAUUCCGGACAAAAGAAGAAACAAGGACAUGACCAAAAGGCUGCUGCCAAAGCUGCCUUAAUCUAUACCUGCACUGUCUGUAGGACACAAAUGCCAGACCCUGAGACCUUCAAGCAGCACUUUGAGAGCAAGCAUCCUAAGACUCUACUCCCUCCAGAAUUGGCUGAUGUCCAGGCAUAAAGUUAUUUACAGGUGAAUUCAUGACAACUUUGACUCUUCUACUGUCUCAGUCCUUAGGUAGCAAACUUGCAGCUGCUUUUCUAACAAACUGUUGAUCAGCAAAAAUAAAGGGGCUAUAGAAACACUCAUUUUUAUGCUGUUCCCUUUUGGGCUUCAUGCAAAGACAAUUCUGUGUAAAUGUACAGUUGACUCUAAUUUGGAAAUGUGAAAAUCAGUCCAUCCUUGUUAUAAAAUUUGUUUACAGUUGUAAUUAUAU